AUGACCGAGUAUCAAACUCAAAUUCAGCAAGAAGAAGCUGUUUCCCAGUCAACUUCUGUUCCCAAAAAUUCUUGUCAAAAGCUCAAAAAAGAAAAUAAAGAUGACAAAACCCACCAACAACUCCCGGAAGAAAAAACCCCUACUUACCAAGGUAUUCCAAAAUUAAUCCAGGCAGGAUUUAAACCAGAUGAUAAAUCGGAUGAUCAUGAAUUUGCUGCUUAUUUAAGAGAAAAAGGUUAUCAACCUAAUCAGGAACUAAAAUUGGAAAGAUUAAGGGCAGAAUUUACUAAAAUUUUUUUAGACAAAGAGUAUCCCCAAAGGCAAAGAAAAAAAAUAAAGAGAUUAGAUAAUUGUUUGCAGUUAAGAAAAAUUUAUUGUGGUAACAACAAUUUUCCCGAACAAAAUUUAUCAAUAUUUAGCCAUUUAGUUAAUUUAGAAGAAUUAUAUAUUGAUAUUAGCAAUACAGAUACAGAUCGUGGACUGGAACAUUUGCCAGAUAGUUUAGAAAAAUUUUAUUGUUUAGCAAAUAGAAGAAAAGAUGCUAAAUGCCAAGCCAUUUUUAACUUAUUUGCUAAUGAACAAGGAAUAGUAGAAACAGAAUAUAGAAAAAUAAAAAACUUUCCUCAAAAGCUCCAAUGA